CCCCAGUCAAACAUGGCAUAUGGCAACAACAUGGCCAACAGUGUGUUCAGUCCUGAGUCUUCUAGACAAAGUUCCGUUCUUGUCAUAGCUAUCGCAUUAUCUGAAAUUCUCCACUACCAAAAAUAUCACUUCACCAGUACUUAGUCCAUUUCAACUUUCGACCGGCUUUUGCUUUCCAAGAGUUGUUACAUCACCACAUACCAGAUGUCCCUCUGUUCGACAAUGAUUACCCCCGAGCUCGAAGCUCUUGAACAGAUCGAAUCAAGUUUUGACGACAAACCUGAACUCAUUUGGUGCUAUGAGAUCAUCAGUCCAAGCAGAUCCUGUAUACGAAACGACAGAUUCGUCCUAGAACAGUUUCUCACUGACCAACUCUCGCGAUGGUUCGACUUAGGCUUUGGUACCGACAACCCUAAUCCCCCUCUGCAUCGCCCAGACAGCCUUGCUAUACAGAUUCAGUGGCAUGAUCGACCCAAGCAACCCACAUCUGAAUACUUCGUCCCCAUGUACUACAACUUGACGAACGAAAUCAUGACAUGGGUCAAGCUAGAGCAGAACAGCAAACAAGCUCAGCAAAUCAGGAGCGCGCCUGCUGAUCGAGCUAACAAAUACAAAAACUGUCCACCCAUACUCUUCCAAUGUGCACCACACGCAUGUCCCUUCUCUUUGAUGGCUUGGUAUGAAGAGAUGGGCUCAGUCGAGACCCAGGAGGAUACUUAUAUCUACAAUGCCGAGGAUCUACAAGAGGACAUGAACCUCGCCUCUUCGCCGGAUAGUACUGCGUUUGUCUCGAUACCCAUAAGAUCAAAGUAUCGUUAGACAUUAAUGGUGGACAGGAGACUCUAAUACAAUCAAUACGCCGGACCAGGGCUUCUGAACCCCAUUUGUCUCAGACAGUUGCUCCGCAUUCCCACCAUAAAAUAUCCGCAGAGGGCGUCUUAUCAUGCCUACGACAUUUGUGCAAUGGUCCAUUUCCAAACAUAUCUGGCCUG